GACAGCGAGCAGUGCUGCCAUACUGUCGUAGCGCUAGUAACAGAAAAAACAUAAAUUCACUUAAUAUUUCUUUAACCGCUUGACAACGCAAAUCAUCAUGAGUGCGCAGGAAAAAGCCUUCGAACUGCAGCGCCAGGUGCGCCAGAACGCGCGGGAGUACGAGAACUCCGUGAAGGACUUGUACUCCUGGGAGCAAGACAUCAAAAUCAAGGAGAAAGAGCUCCAGAAGUCGCCGCUUUCUGCCGCCAAUAAGGAUCUGCCGGUGCGCAGUCAUGUCCAGACCGACAAGUCGCGGAAGGAGAGCCCCUCCUCCUCGGCGGCCAGCUCACCCACGGAGAAACAGGACUUGCCAGUGGACCCUGUGGCCCAGCAGUACAAGAAGGCCAACGACAUCAAGGACCGUGGAAACACCUAUGUCAAGCAGGGCGAGUACGAGAAGGCCAUUGUGGCCUACUCCACUGCCAUUGCCGUCUAUCCCCACGAUCCCAUUUACCACAUUAACCGGGCACUGUGCUACCUAAAACAGGAGCGCUUUGAUCAAUGCGUGGAGGACUGCGAGGCCGCCAUUGCGCUGGACAAGCUCUGCGUGAAGGCUUACUACCGGCGAAUGCAGGCCAACGAGUCCCUGGGCAACAACAUGGAAGCCCUGAAGGAUUGCACCACAGUGCUGGCCAUCGAGCCGAAGAACAUCGAGGCCAAGAGGAGCCUGGCCAGAAUCAACGACCGUCUGCGCAAGAUUUCCACAAAAAGUGGGCCAAACUUUACGCCCGAUCGUCCUGGCAUGAUUGAGAUCUUGCCAAUCGAGAAGCCUGCUUAUAAACGCUCCAAGAAGGCAAUGCGCAGUGUGCCCGUUGUAGACGUGGUAUCUCCUCGUGGUGCCAUCGAUGAUAGCAACCAACUACGCAUUUCGGAUGAGGACAUAGAUAAGAUAUUUAAUAGUAACUGCGGCAUAAUCGAGGAGGUUAAAAAAACAAAUCCGAAGCCGACGCCGACACCAGACACAUCAAGUCCACCCAAAGCUGUGACCAUUGCUGAAAGCUCCAAAGAAGCCAAGCCUGCCAAAAAGACUGCGGGCAAGGAAGCACCAGCUGUGGAAGAAACACACAAGGAUACCAAGAUUGCGCCUGAAUCCGAUAAAGAGACCAAGCCAAGUUCACCCAAAAAGACGGCUGUCGAGGUCCCCAAGGUUCAGACUCCAGUUUCUCCGCCAAAGACCACAAUAGAUCGCAGCCCAGAAGUCAAUACCGUGCAAACUGAAAAAAUCGAACAAACUUCGAGCAACAACGCAAUGUCACCCAGUCCAAUAGAGCGCUUCUUACCGCCCGCACCCACGAGCACAGCACAGUUCCAUGUGACCUGGAAGGAGCUGAGUGGUCCGCAGAAGUACCAAUACCUAAAGUCCAUUGAAGUGCCGAAUCUGUGUAAGAUCCUCGGGGCAGGCUUCGAUUCGGACACGUUUGCGGACCUGCUGCGCACCAUCCACGACUACUUUGUACCAAAUAAGGAGCCAAACACGGCAGCUAUCCUGCUGGAGGUCAGCAAAAAUGACGAGUUCACCAUUUUGGCCAUGCUCAUGUCCGCAGAGGAGAAGAAAAUGGUUUCGUCUAUCUUCAACGCCAUCAAGAACUGGCCCAGCAAGAAUCCGGCUGUGCUGGACAACCUAUACAAGGAAUACGGAGUAGCCUAAACACCCAAUGUUUCAAGUUUAAAUGUACUUAAGUUGCUUCAAAUUGUUAGCUCAAAAACCAACUAAAACAACUCAAAUAUAAAGAGGAUUUGUAGAUAGGAUCCCAAAACGUUACACAGAA